AUGGCUUUGACAUGUCCUGCUGAAGCAACAGAACAUCAUCAAUAUAUUACUGAAUUGAAAACCAUUAGCAAAUAUUACCCUGAAUGCCAAGAACUCACCACCAGUGAAACAUUUCUCAGAUCUUCAACAAAACAAGCUAAAAUAAACCAUGAAAGACAAUUGCUUAUGGAAGAAGAAAUGUUGUACUUUGACAAGAUAGGCUUUCUUUGUCUUUGUGAUACUUCAUUGACCAUGUAUAGAAGUCAGCUUAUGGAAUAUAACAGAAAUGUAUCAAAGAAACCAUUAGUUAAAGUGAAAAGAAUACAUAUGAAGCAUAUCACAGAGAAUAAAUCUUUAGAAGACAGUAGCAUACAUGAAGUUGACAGCUCUAAUUGUAUUUCUGAAGGCAAGUAA